GCGGUCUGCAGGGUGAGCAUCACAGCACUCUCACAUGCAUGUAAUUGCCCUUUCGUAGAAGACGCCCCUGAGGCCUUACUCCAGCUGGGAGGAGAGAUUCUGCUCCUUCAGUUAAAUACACCCCUCUCUCUCCUUCCUUCCCCUUUUCUUUUCAGUGAGUCUGGAUGAUCUUUCACUGUUAAGCUUUGGAUUUGGACUAUGCAAGCAGAGCUACACAGUAGACAGAAGGAUUAGUUUGUACUGAGCCCGUGGAUAGGGCUUUUGGUUACCUCUCCUUAAUUGGUUCAACCAGAAAGAACCUCAUUCUCCUUUCCCUCUAUCUAUUCCAAAUCCCCUUGUAUACACUCUAUACCUUUCUUUGUUCAUCUGUUUUUUGUGACAAUGACUCUGUUAUCAGAAGACCAGUCCAUAAGGCCACAGCCUUGUCGACUUCUAGAGACUGGGAAACAUAUGGGCAGUGGUUUCCAUCCAUACCCCACAGACUGCAUAGGCUCCAGAGAAGACUUCAUGGACAGUGGGGAGGGCACUGUGUUUGGGAUUGUUGAGCCUCCACGAAGAUCCAGGGGUCGGCUCAUCCUCCACGGCCUGAUCAUGUUUGGAAGGGAAUUCUGUUAUGCUGUGGAAGCAGCGUUUGUCACUCCGGUCCUCCUCAGUGUGGGCCUGCCUCGCAGUCUCUACAGCCUGGUGUGGCUCAUCAGCCCCAUCCUGGGGUUCUUGUUGCAGCCUGUUAUCGGUUCAGCCAGUGACCACUGCCACUCUGCAUGGGGACGGAGGAGGCCGUAUAUUCUAACUUUGGGUAUCCUCAUGCUUAUUGGAAUUACAAUGUUUCUCAACGGAGAUGCUGUUAUUUCAGCUGUGGUGAGUGACAGGGCGCUGAGAAGCAUAUGGGCCAUUGUGGUAGUCAUGUUUGGAGUGGUGCUGUUUGAUUUUGCCGCAGACUUCAUUGAUGGACCAAUCAAGGCCUAUCUGUUUGAUGUGUGCUCACACCAAGACAAAGAGAGAGGCUUGCACUACCACGCUCUGCUGACUGGUUUGGGUGGAGCUUGUGGAUACCUGGUUGGGGCUAUGGACUGGGGUCACUCAUUACUGGGUGAGCUGCUGGGCUCAGAGUACCAGGUCAUCUACUUCUUCUCGGCUCUGACAUGGGGCAUUUUCCUCACUGUUCACUUGUUCAGUAUUCCCGAGCAGCCUCUUGGUAAAGACAGGGGUAACUCUGAGUCAUCGCCCCUCAGUGCCAUCCACCUUCUGGGUUCCCAUAGUAACAGCAAUGGUUACGGAGCUUUGGUCAAGGACCCAGUCAUUACCCCCACCUCACCUACUGCAGACCUCAGGCCCCGGUCUUUCUCUGCCUUGGGUGAGGCCAACUCAGUGACCUCUAGCGCUAAGCAGCCUAACAAGGAGGCUCAAAAGAGGAUGACAUUCAAGUCAUUGAUGAAAGCGAUAAUCAACAUGCCCAACCACUACCGCUUCCUGUGUGUGAGUCACUUGCUGGGAUGGACGGCCUUUCUCUGCAAUAUGCUCUUCUUCACUGAUUUCAUGGGACAGAUCGUAUACAAAGGAAACCCAUACGCAGAGCAUAAUUCAACAUCUUACGUGACAUAUGAAAGAGGAGUGGAGGUUGGCUGUUGGGGAUUAUGUAUCAACGCGGUAUCCUCAGCCUUGUACUCCUAUGUUCAGCGUUUCCUCCUCCCAUACAUCGGAUUAAAGGGUUUAUAUUUCAUGGGAUACUUUGUGUUUGGCCUCGGCACCAGCCUGAUUGGUCUCUUCCCUAACGUUAUUGCCACUCUCAUCCUCUGCAGCGUUUUUGGCGUCAUGUCCAGCACUCUUUACACAAUCCCAUUCAACCUAAUAGCAGAGUACCAACGGGAAGAGGAGGAGCAGAUAAAACUGAGAGGCAGCAGAGGGAGCCCUCGUGGGACAGGAGUGGACUGUGCAGCUCUCACUUGUAUGGUACAGCUGGCUCAGAUCAUCGUGGGAGCAGGACUUGGAGCUUUGGUCAACUUGGCAGGAAGCGUCAUUGUGAUUGUCCUAUCGGCCUCAACCAUGUCCCUGUUUGGCUGCAUCUUCAUUGCACUUUUCAUAAGAUAUGUCGAGUGACUGCUGAAUUUUGAAUUUGUAUUUUAAUAAAAAAAAAAGUUUCUUUUUUAUGCUA